UCAAUAUCGCAAUCCUGCCUAUAUUUGUCUAAGUCCUGACUCUCUGCUGCCUAUUAGGGUUUUUGGUGCCGCGCCUCUCUCCUCGUUUAAUUCAAUCAUGGCGGAGCAGACUGAGAAGGCUUUUUUGAAGCAGCCUGGUGUUUUUCUAAGCUCAAAGAAGACUGGUAAGGGAAAGAGGCCAGGAAAGGGAGGGAAUCGAUACUUUAAGAGCAUUGGCUUAGGCUUCAAGACUCCUCGUGAGGCUACUGAAGGUACUUACAUUGACAAGAAAUGCCCAUUCACUGGCAAUGUUUCCAUCCGAGGUCGUAUCCUUGCUGGUGCAUGCCACAGUGCUAAGAUGAACAGAACCAUCAUUGUUCGACGGAAUUACCUACAUUAUGUCAAGAAGUACCAGAGAUAUGAGAAGAGGCACUCCAAUAUUCCAGCUCACAUAUCACCAUGCUUCCGUGUGAAAGAGGGUGAUCAUGUUAUUAUUGGACAGUGCAGGCCUUUGUCCAAAACCGUGAGGUUCAAUGUCUUGAAGGUGGUUCCAGCUGGGUCUGCUGGUGGUGGGAAAAAAGCUUUUACCGGAAUGUGAGCUUGGUGCUUCCAUUUUAGUUGUUACUUCUAGGGAUGAUGUUGAGACUUUUAUGCUUUCUCUGCUUCAUUAAUUUUCCUUCGAGCUUCAAAUUUUGAAACUUAAUGCUAGCAAGUUUUGUUAAAGCCUAUGUACUGGGUUGUAAGAUGUUUGUGAUUGAACGCCUUUUAAGAAAAGGAUGUUUGGUGAUUGAA